UUAUUGUCUGUGGCACUUAGUCAAGAAAAUCCAUUUUCACAAAGACGCCUUUCGUGUUUUCAUGUUAAUUUCCGACAAAACUGCUGAUUUUUGUAUUUUUUGUAUCAGUGAAACAAUCAUUCCGUCCUCGCACAAUAUACAGCAAGUACAAAAAACAAUAAUGAGAUAAUACCUAUCUCAUGAGCGCGGAGCGGAGCAGUUACUUCAUUUAUAACUUGCGGAGGCGAGGCGCGGCGGCCUGGAGAGACCAUGACGAGACCCGGGCCUCCCAAUGAAAAUUUGCCGACCGUGAAGCUGGUGGUGGUGGGCGACGGCGGCGUGGGCAAGAGCGCCAUCACGAUCCAGUUCUUCCAGAAGCUGUUCGUGACGGACUACGACCCCACCAUCGAGGACUCCUACAUCCAGCACACGGAGGUCGACGGCCAGUGGUGCAUCCUCGAUGUGCUGGACACGGCGGGGCAGGAGGAGUUCAGCGCCAUGCGCGAGCAGUACAUGCGGAAGGGCGACGGCUUCCUGCUGGUGUACUCCGUCACCGACCAGCAGAGCUACGAGAACAUCCGCCACUUCCACACGCAGAUCCUGCGCGUCAAGGACAGGGAAUCCUACCCGAUGCUGGUGGCAGCCAACAAGGUGGACCUCGUGCACGUGCGCGCCGUGAGCGAGGAGGCGGGCCGCGAGCUGGCGCGGCAGCUGGGCGCGCCCUACAUCGAGACCAGCGCCAAGGAGCCGCCGCUCAACAUCGACGCCGCCUUCCACGAGGUCAGUCCCCCGCCCGCCCGCGCGGCCAGUGGCGGGCCCGAGCUGGCGCGGCAGCUGGGCGCGCCCUACAUCGAGACCAGCGCCAAGGAGCCGCCGCUCAACAUCGACGCCGCCUUCCACGAGCUGGUGCGCAUCAUCCGCAACCACCCGCAGCAAGAGGAGAAGCAGCGCCGGCGCCGCAAGCUGGCCGCCUGCACCGUGCUGUGAGCGCCCGCAUUCUGUGACGUCACGCUUCGACACCUGUCACCUGUCACCCGUCACUUGCCGCUGGCAAACAACCGAGCGCCGUGGCCCAACGAGGUAAGCCAAAAAACAGCGAGUGCAAUUUUCGUUUAGGAUUUUGACAUAUCUGUCAAUGUCAUGUCAAAAAUAACCAAUCAUGCAGCAUUUGGACCUCGCGUCUACGUAUUGCCAUCUGGCGGAUUUUUCAAUCGCGAAAACCCUCAUUGACACUUCACGACUGUAUUCUGCGAUUUUGACAGCAGGUAUAUUAAUGUUAUUGUAUGUGAACUGGGCUAUGGCACUCAAAGGUCCCACUAUAAUCAAAUUAAGGGAAUUUAAAUUUAUGGCCAAUUGAAAUCGUUAUAAACUAUCAUGAUCGCGAGGACACGAAUUGUCGGCGAUUCUCUUUUAUUUUAGUCAGAUGGACUAUUAGUAUAUUUGGUGGAAACCGUAUACGUCAGAUUGAUUUUCCUUCCACUCUUGGCAAACAAUUUACUGUUAUUAUCUAAGCGGAGUGCAAGAUGCGUGAGUUACGAAAUCAAACGAUUUGUCGAAGUAAAUGUGUUUUUGCUAUUUUAAUUAACAGCCAAAACAACACUAUUGUUGGAGUGAAUAAUUCUAGUGGAGCGAUUGUCGCACAACACACUGAAAGUUAUUUUGUGUGGCAGCAAAAUGUUUUAUUUAUUUUAUACAAAAUGCUACUUUUUGAAGGGCGUAUAAACUGGGUACUUUUUUAUACCCGCUACGUAUAAAAUCAUUCGAGAGGAUCUUAUUUUUAUUCAUCCCAGUUGAAAUUAUGACGCAAAAAAAUUAUUUAUUAAAUUGAAAUAUGACAGUGAGUCUGAAAUUAAAUAACUUGUUGUGUUAAUAAAAUUGUCGUCUCAAGAUCUCUAUUGAAAGAAAAAAUAUGGAAUGAUAAUGUGAGACUAAAGAUGUAGCAUAAGUUUAAAGUUAGGUAUGCACAAAUGUAAGCAGGCGCAAAGUUCAUUUAUGUAGAAGCGACUAAAAAUGUAUGUAUUCAAAUAGCUUCAAUUCAAUCUAAAUUAUUUUCUUUCAUACCCUAUGCAUUAGUUAAGGGCACGGAUAUCCGCGUUCAUCGCACGAAUGUCUUGGCUAUUCUCAAUACAAGAGUGUACAGUAUUAAUUGUUCGUUUAUGUCUGCCGGGACAAAAAACAAGCGCGGAAAGUAUAUUUUAUAUAUUUAGUUCGUAGGCGUAUUAUCACGAUGCAGAGCAUUUAUUUUAGAAAAUAAGUUGUUUACUAUGAUAAAGGAACAAUCUGUAACGUCCUUCGAAAUAUCAAUUUGAUGUACUCAUGUACAUCUCUUUUAAUUUAUAUUGACGGCAAAGGGAUGAAAUACAUAAAUGAUCGUAUUAAUAUUUUCGAAAGUGGCAUCAGAUUAUUUCUAAUGAAUCUUUACAUUUUAUACCAAAAAUAUAUUUAGACUUCAAACUAUUAAGUACACGUUUAGUUUAAAAGCUUUACAUUUAACUGUACGCUUAUUUUUUAUUUAUUUACAUAAUUUAUCAUCUCUAUAAUGAUGUUAUUUUAUUUACACAUUAUGUUAAAUUAGCGUAAGUUCUGAGGAUGAGACCAAAGUGUAUAGACACAGCCCAUAGUCGUCGAAAUAGAACCCCUUGAGAACGGUUUGACCCCAUAGUUGGUAAAUAAAUUGAUAAAUAAAUUCUAUCCGAGUUACUUCUGAGACUUGUGAGGCCUGAGCGGCAUUAUUGUUGCGAUCAAUUACAAUUUGUAAUAAUGUUCUUUAGCCGAAAGCUUUUCUUGAGUCAUUCAGAUUAGAUAAUGGCAUAUCUCUGUCAGUUUGCAAAACAGCAGAGUGUAACAUAGAUAGUUAGUUCUCUUCAAAUCUAAAAUGGGAGAGUUUCACGUGGGGUACGUUUUCUGAGUGCCAAAACAUUGAGACUCAGUACUUUGUUUGCAUCAUUCAUCACUAUUAUUGUUUCUAAAAUGUAUAUUCUCCUGUGCGCUUCGAUAAAUCAAAAGUUUAGUACAGUCAAACGUAAAAAUAAAAGUAUUAGGUUACAUAUAGCUCUUUUGUUAUUUUUACUCUUUAUCUUGACUGUACCAAACUAUUCGGAAUACGUAUAUUUCUUACAUCUAAGGCUGAUUAUGUAAACCAAAUUGAAGUAAGCAUCCAAAGAUCAUUUAUUACUGUAUUGAACAAAUAUUGUAUAAAAAAUUAUAUUUAAAAUCCUGGGAUAAGCUGUCAUUUUGACGUAAGUUUACAACAAUUUUGACACGUGAAUAUUUUCCAGCAACCAGCUUAAAAUAACACAACAAUAUCUAUAAUUAUAAGUAUCUGCCAACAUUGAAUGUCAUAAUAAAUUUUUAGAAUGACAAAACUAAACGUCAAAGUGACAGCGAUUCUGAAACGUCACAAAUAAAAUUGUGGACGCACAUUUUAUCUCUGUAGUAGUAAGUAGCGUAUCGUGAUUACAAUGUAACGAAAAAUGAAAAGGAAUUGAAAUAUAAUGUAACGUUUUUAUAAAUGUUUCAAUAAGUGUUAUGAGGCCUAGUAGAAACGUUUAACUUAGGGCAUUAUCACAAACCCCAUAUGAAGAUUAGAUUAACAGUCUUAAUGUUGCCAGUGAUAAUAUUUAUUAUUGUAAAUAUCAUUCCACUCUGCUUAUGAUUUUAACUUAAAAAACAUGGGUGGUGACUUUCAAUGGAAUAUAAUUUCUAAAUUAACUCAAACAAAAUGUAUCAGCAAAGGUGUUGAUUUUUAUUUCAUAAAGGUAGCUGUGAAUGAAAUGCUAAAUCAUUAACUGUUUAAUAAUAAACUGCUUGUACAGAGUAUUAGGGGUUGGUAUUGGUUGUCCUCCGGUAAUGUAGCUCAGAACUGGCCAAAUACAAUUGUUUAUUGAAGGGGAUAAUAUGUUCAUCAACCACUUAAAUAUGUUUAGCCUUAAUGUAAUUAGUUGUAGUUGUCAGAGCUUCCCGUUUAACGAGUUUGGAACCCCAUAUAACAUUUCUUUACGUGCCAAUUGAAGAAAUAGUAGUAAACAUACAAAUCUAAUAUACAUGCUGGCUUAUACAUAACUGAUAUUUACUUUAUGUGGCCGUCUGUCAACUGGCCGUAGCUGAUAAUUAUUUAGUAUUUGUAUCAGAAAUUCAACAUAAUAAUUUUGUGAACUUUUGUAAGAAUUUUCACGGUCCCUGAUAAGAUGACAAUGACCAAUAAAUUGCAUUUUAAUAGAAAACAGUUUUAUUGUAUUCGCAUAGUAGUAAGCGCAAUAUGAUAGUGAGAAUGUUAUGGCCAAUAGCGCAGUGUAUGUUGUUGUUGAUGUGUUUUAUAUGUUGUAACAUACAAUAAAUAUGUAGACGUAAA